AUGCCGGGCCCUCACAAGUGCAACGAGUGCACUGCGGAAUACACCACCCCGCGUGCGCUCCGGGAGCACAACAAGUGCAAACAUCAGGGCCAGAAAUACCGCUGCCCCUAUUGCAGCAGGGAGUGCAACGAUGCCUCCGACAACAGCAGGCACAAAAAAGCGUGCAAGCUGCGACCGGCCGCCGUGGCAGUCCACAAAUACGUCUGCGCGUGGCACUCGUGCACGCAUAGCGGCGACCGCAACGACAACGUUGCGAGGCACAUGAAAGCAUGUGCCUUGAAACCUGCCAACUUGGUAGGUACGAAACGGCCUAUCAAGGUCCAUUCCCGAGACUUGGUUGACAGCGAAAUCCCCGACGUCAGCCAUCUGCAGGUUGGGGCGCCCCUGCCCCCAUUGGAGCGAGCGGAAGAGCCAAUGGCUUUUCCUGGAGGGUUGAAUGGAGCUCAGUACGCUCCAGUCCAAUACGCUCCGCUUGUCGACGCUGAGGAGGACGUGAUGGUCCCUCCCAUGGCCCUUGCGUCCUCCUUACUGGAGAACGCCAAUGACUGGACAGCACCCGAAGAUCCUGUCCUCCAGGAACUCGCCGGCGGCUUCCCUGGUUUCGAUCAGGGAGCAGGCCUCGCCGCAGAGGCAACGGCCAUUCCAUCUCAAUCCAAUGAGAUGGUCUUUACAGGCGUUGUCGGGUUGGCGGAAUCAUCUACCAACCCAGUCCUAGGGCAGGGGAUUGACCCCCGCCUUCUGUCCCUCACACCGUCCGAGGGCAAUCAGGAGUCCGACUGGUGGUCCUCGGUGUGA